AUGGAGGAUAGUAUUCAAUCUCCCGCAAUCAAUCUUGUACCUCCGGAAUCCACUAAUUCUCAAAUGAAUCCUCUCUUAGUCGAACCCGAACCCGAACUUGAACCUAAGCCUCCUAGGCCCCCAAAGAGAAAGAGUGAGAGUAGUGGAGGGGGGAGAGCACCAUCCACAGUUUGGGAUCAUUUUGACAAAGCUGUAGGGACCGAUGGGAAGUGUAGAGCCGUAUGUAAAUAUUGUAAGAAAGAGUAUAUGGCUGACUCUAGAACUCAUGGGGCUAGUAAUUUGAGGAGUCAUACACCCAAUUGUAAAGAAUAUCCAAAUAGGGAUACAGAUGGUCAACAAACACUAAAUCUUAAACCGAAGCAAAAUGAGGAGGGUGUUGAGGUUGUAGCAACAAUUUUUAAUUUUGAUACUUGUAAAAGGGCUCUUGCGGAGAUGGUGGUCAUUGAUGAGUUGCCAUUUAGAUUUGUGGAGGGUGUUGGGUUUAGAAGAUUUUAUUAA